AUGAACAAUAAUAAUUAUUAUGGCUAUAAUCAGCAGGGGAGUGCUGGUACAACUACUCCAAAUACCAACAAUUAUUUAUUAACCAAUAAUAACAUGAACUUUCAACCUCCGAUCAUCCCUUCUUCCUCCAAUACGAUGAUGAUGAUGAAUUCAAGUAGUGGAAGUUUAAAACCAAUAGAUAUUCCCUAUCCACCUCCACUAUCAUCCGAACGAUAUAGUUGGGAAUUAUUAGGUGGUAUUUCUGGAAAUCAAUACUAUGACAAGUCUUUAAAAUCACAACAACAAUAUGCAAGCCUUGUACCAUCGAUGAGUAAUGGUUCCUCCACUACUGAAAAAGUAGUGGUCAUGAAUUCUGGCAGUGUAGCAGGUGAAAGUAUCAAUAAUAAUAACAGCAACAACAACCUUUGGGGCACACAGGCCAAUUCUUCUCCAACUAUGAACAUGUUGAACAAUAAUCCAAUGAUGCCGAAUAAUAAUAUGAAUAAUGGAGGAAUGGGUAUGAGCUACAUGACUAAUUCACCAUCGUCCUCAUCUCCUCCGUACGUGAUGGGAGGAGGAGGCUCUUCUGCAUCACCACUUGGAUAUCCGAGUAAUAAUAACAAUAAUAUGGGUGGUCUCAAUAAUAGCAUGAUGAAUUCAUCAUUUACCAAUGGGACACCAAAUUCAGCAUUUCCACAAGUUCCGCAACAACUCGGAAACUCAAAUGUUCCUCUUACGAAUAACAUGGCCAGUGUUGUGAAUAGCCCAUCAUCAUUUUCUACACCAUCCAUGCCUCAGUCAUGA